CUCGCUAGUAGUGUUAACUUGCUCGCACAGUAGUAUGAGAGACUAAAACUCAGCUGUCACUUGCCUCUGGUUAUGCAUUUUUCUGGUCGUCGUCGUCGUGAACGCAAUAACUCUCGAAUCGAUAAUCACGGUUUUAUUUUGGUGUUUAAAUUUUGGUUUUCACCAUGAGCAGCAACACGGGACCACAGCAGUAUGUCUACGACGAAUUUGGGCCCAAAUAUAGUGAUUUGCCGAUGGAGAUUCUGGUGGAGAUAUUUGGAUACCUUAAUCCGGGCGAUCGGUUCCAGGUCGGAUUAACGUGCAAACGUUGGCUUGAGGCGACCCAGUAUCAGCAGUUUGUAAACGAUCUUUGUUUGGCCUUUCACAAAACCCACAUUAGCGACUCGACGAGUCCAGUGAGCGGACUGCUGCAAAGUUCGCGCAACUUUCAGAAUGUGGUCCUGUCGCAGGUGGAUUUCAAUGAAACGGAACGGUUUUUCAGUCGCUUUGGCGAGAAUAUCUACGAGCUGAGCUUCAAAGCGUGCGAUAUUCGGGAGAAAACGUUCACCAGUAUACUGAUGAGUGUUCCAAACCUGAGAACACUCCGUAUCGAGGGAUGUCGCGAGCUGCUAAUGUCUGGGAGAUUGUUCGAGUCUGCUUCGGAUCAGGCCAAAUUGGCGGAAACGCUGCAGAAUGUGACCACAUUGAGCUUGGCUUGUAAUCGGUACCUUUCGGAUGCUUUGUUCAAGCGGACCGUGUCGCUAAUGCCGAAUUUGGAGAGUAUUGACCUCUGCGGGUGUCACAUUUCGUUCCACAAGGGACUGUACCGGAAGUUCUACCCUGGCCGACCGGAUGACGCCUCCGAGAGCGUGCUGACUUUCUACUACAUUUCACAGUUUAUUGAACGCCAAGCUGAUAAGCUUAAGUCACUCAACUUUAGCUCCACGUUGAUCGAUGGAGACGCGUUGGAACUUUUGGCCGGAUAUGAAAGCCUCCAGUUGGAAACAUUCAACAUGAACUCCUGUGACCAGCUGACCAAACCAGGCAUAUCAACCCUGGUUCAAAAGCAGAGUUCGCUCCAGCAUCUGGACUUUUCGCGAUCGGUGCGCUUCACAGAUUCGUGUCUGGUGAAGAUCUGCGCCCACCUUCCGGAGCUAAAGUCGCUGAAAAUUCGCCGUUGCCGAGCACUUACCGACCUUGGAAUCAAACAGAUAGUCCGACUCCGCAAGCUGCAAGUACUGGACAUUUCCGAGUGUGAAUCCGUCACCGGCCAAGGUAUCAUCCAAGGUAUCGCGUCAGCCGGACCGAACCCGGUUCUACUUGAGCUGUACGUUAGUGCCCUAAACCUGUGCGAAAGCUCGGUCAUCAAAAUUGCAGAGAAUUUCCCAUCACUGCGCCUCCUGGACCUCAGCUACUGCUUCCACUCCGUAUCGGACCUCUGUCUGCAGAUCAUCUUCAAAAACCUGAUCUGGUUGAGACAUCUCAACCUGGACUAUUGCGAUAAGAUUUCCGACAGCGCGAUGACCGGCGUUGGAAUGCUGCAAAAGGUGCAGGACUUUGAAACCAGCAAAACGACCGUACCCAACACGAUCGAACCUGCCGCUCAGCAAGAUCCAGACGAAAUCGAACCAAUGCCAGCGGUCCAACUACCGGUCAAUCCCCCAGAAGAACUGUACAAAAUUUCCCUGCGAAGCCGAGCCGAACAGGAAAUCGUCAACGACGCGAUGCGCAAACGGGCCAUGAUGGAGAUUUGCCAGCAGAACGAGUUCAAGGAAGACGCCGUCACCAGCGGCCUGUCCAUCGAUCGACUCAAAGGCUUACGCGUGCUACGACUUUCCCAGUGCAACAAACUCUCCGACAUUUCGCUGAUGUACGCCUUCAAGCUGAAGGAACUGCGCGAACUCAGCCUGGCCAAGUGCCAGCAGAUUUCCAUCGUCGGAAUCAAAUCCCUCGUUCGGAACUGCCCCUCGCUGGAGGUCGUUGACCUGAGCGAGUGCCACAACAUAAACGACAAAAGUAUCGAGCUGAUUGCGAUCCACUUAAAACGGCUGCAAACGCUGUCGCUGGAUCGAUGCUUCCAGCUCAGCGAUUUCAGCUUGGACUACAUCGCGAUCCACUGUAAGGCGCUGCGCACGCUGGAUGUGCGCGGCUGUCGGAACAUGUGCGCCGAGCCGAACCUGCGCCUCGUGUCCGUGCCCACGCUGAAAACGGUGCACAUUAGCAAGCCGGGCCCGUACCUCGGGGAGGCGGGAUACUUUGUGAAGAAACCGCCGCCGCCGCCGAUGCCGAAACGGAUUUAAUAUUUGCUGCUGCUCGACGCCGGCGGCCUGUUGAUUGUUGUUUUUAUAUUGAUUAUUUAUUUUCUACUGUACUGACAGAAAAAUUGUUGAGCAAAAAUCAUUCAGUACCUAUGAAUAUUUAAACACAAAGAAGGAAACUAUCAUUGCAUAAGUUGCGAUUAUUAUCUACAAGAUGUAAAACAGAUUAUUGCGUGUACGUAGAAUCACAAGAGAAUAAAACAUGUUUCAUGGUA